CGCGAGAUUUUUCUGUCAUAUCUCAAACUAUAGUUCCCGUGUACUGUCCGCCAUCUGUUUUCGUGUCGCCAUGGACGAAAUCCCGCUGCGUGGUAUCUCUCACGACCCACCAUCCGGUACUCAACCGAGAUCCACGAAACACCUACUUGACGAUGGGAGCGGCUACCAAGAAACCUCUUUGCCACAGACUGAUGGCUUAUUUCGAACUGAGCCAAAGGAACAGAGUUUCUAUACGAAGUUUCAGGCCUGGAAAGUUUCGCAUUCCCUCGUUGGUUCAAGCUUUUCCCUCAAAGUUGGUGCAAUUUCGGCAGUUAUCGCAUUCCUAGUCAACCUUGGGGUGACGAUUGCCGUUAUCGUUUUCGCAAAAGGUAUUCAUGACGGCCGGGGUGUCUUGUUCCAAGGAAGCUGCGCAACUGUGCGCUCAAUCAAUACAGGCGCCCAUUUCUACAUUAACUUAACCAGUAGUCUACUUCUCGGUGCCAGUAACUUCAGCAUGCAAUGCCUUUCGGCUCCCACAAGAGAAGACGUAGACAAGGCGCACGCGAAGAAGAUUUGGCUUGAUAUAGGCGUACCAAGUUACCGUAAUCUCCGACACGUUGGCCGAAAGCAAGCUUUCCUAUGGUACUGCCUCAUGCUUACUUCUUUGCCUCUUCACUUUUUGUUCAACGCUACGAUAUUUACCACGACAAGCGCCAGUUCCUACGACAUCUAUACCGUUAAUCCUGGGUUGUUCAACGCGAUUAGCGGCAAGACAGUUAUUAACAUUACGGACCUUCGCUUGGUUGACACAUUUAACGGCGAGGAGACGAUCAAUACCACAAAUCUUGGUUUCAUUGAUAUCCCCUACCAGAACUAUUUUUUUCCAAGCAACUCAGUUGCAGCAUUAAGCAACAGCCACGAAGCAAACAUAAUUGAGGUCGACCUUGAAAGGUUUUCUCCGGAAGCAUGCCGAGAAAUAUUUGGGAAGCCCUCUAUAACAGGCCGAAGGUUUGUUUUUCUGCAACGAGAUCAAGCUGUUAGCUUAAAAAGGGGCUCAUUUCGUGAGACCUCACAAUCCAACGCCUCGUUGAAAAACCAAGAUACUAGCCUAUUCAAAGGCAUAUUUAACGGGACCUUCCAUGUUGACGCCUUCUGGGGAAUCGACAAUUAUCAUUACGAGCUGAACGCCACUAAUGAUUACUUUUCUGUUCAGUCGACGCCAUGUUUGCCGGAUGCCCCUUACUGGAUUUGUGGAGAUGCUAUUAGAUCCUUCGAGGAUUCUUGCAAAGAUAUUUGCGAUAUCAAAAAGCUCCAGCACACAACAUAUUGGUCUCCAUUCGGACAAAACAUUUCUGCUUGUUACAGCACUCGCGUUGAGGAGUACUGUGAGCUGGAAAUGAGCGUGCCGUUUGCGAUAAUUAUCGUAUUCGUUACGCUUGUAAAAUGUUGCAUUAUGCUUUUCUUAGCAUUUACGGCACGCUCAAUCCCACUCCUCACAGUAGGCGACGCUAUUUCUUCGUUCCUUGAGCGACCAGACCCAGCCACUAAAGGAGUACAUUUCCUACAAAAGCUGGACUUAACGUACUUCCCUGAUGCCUGGUCCGGCUUACCAAAGCUUUGGUUUCCUCAUCAGCAACGGCGAAUACAUACAAUCAGCCCAAGGCGGAUAUUUUUACUUGGACUCUCGCUUUUAGCUUUUGUUAUCAUGGUAGUGGUUGGUCUGAUUCUUGGGCUCUCCAAUCUUAAAGGCCCAAAAAACAUCCAAGCGAUAAUGGACAUAGGCCUUGGCGUCGUCGACGUUAGAACUCUAAUUACCAGUUGGGACAUCAGUAAUAGGGGGGCUUCAGCUCUAUGGGAUAACGCGCUUAUUGCCAACCUGCCCCAAUUUGUCCUGUCGUUGAUGUACUUCACGUAUAACAGCGCGAUCACCGCUCUGCUUCUCGCCAGCGAGUGGGACAAAUACGGAUCAGAAAGAAAAGGACUUCGUGUAUCCACUAUUCCUCGGGGUUAUCAGCGAAGUACACACUUCCUCCAGCUACCUUUCCGGUUCGGAAUUCCUCUUAUGGCCAUGUCAACUGGACUCCACUGGCUUGCAUCUCAGGCUAUCUUUGUCGUCAGUAUCGACGUAGAUCGGCGCUACCGUGUGAUGUCAUGCGGCUAUUCACCUCUUGCAAUGAUCUUAACACUUAUUUGGGCCUUUGGGUACUUGGGUCUCGGCCUUGUGAUCGGCUAUACUCGUCUUCAAAACAACAUACCCAUUGCUAGCAGUUGCAGUGCUGCAAUAUCUGCCGCAUGCCAAUAUAAACCGGAAACCUCUCAAGACGACACUCGGGCAUUACCACUAAAAUGGGGAGUGAUAAAAGAGACCGAUUGCGCUGAAACAGAGUGCUCUUUCACAUCUUAGGAUGUCGAGCUGCCUCGUUGUUCAAUGCCUUAUGAACGAUGGGCUGCACAAACAAGGAGCGACUUAGAAGGCCUGGGCCUCUUA